UCGCCGGCCGGUCACGUGCCUUUGUUGUUAUCUAUCAGCUGUUUUUCCUAAGGGAGAGAGGGAAGGGGUUAGGAAGGCGGGUGGCCGGCCGGCCGGCGCAGUGAAAGCCGCACGGUUCCGUCCGUCCUCAGUCCUUCCCGGCCGCUCAGCUGUGCGUCACAUGUCAGACGACACCGCGCGAAUUUACCAUCGUAUCGUGAUAAUACCGCGAUCAUCGUCGGCGUCGUAUUCAGUGUCGUCGUUUCUCUUGCGUCAUUACAAUAAGUAGUCAGGAAGCGCGUACUUUGGACACGAGCACGAAGUUUUAGUGGCGAGUCGCUUCCACGUAUUAUGCCGUCGUUGGUUAGGCGCAACGAGCGAAAGUACAUAGACGCGAAAUCGAUCGCGUGGUGCCGGGAACAUGAGGACGGCGUGACGAGGAACAUUGACAGCGAAAGCACCAACAGCAUCAUCAGCACCAACAUUUGCAGCAUUAUCACUCGUAUCAGCCACAACAACAACAACAACAACAACAACAACAACAACAACAACAACAAGAACAAUAAUAACAGCAGGAGCAAGAGCAUUAGCGAAAGCAAAAGCAACAUCGGCAGUAAUAAUAAUUAUAACAGCAAGAAUAACAAUAAUAAUAAUAAUAAUAAUAAAAAUAUUAAUUGGACGGACGACGACGGUAUAUCACGUAACGUCGUCGUCGUUUACGUUGUCUUCGUCAUCGAAGAAAAAAAUUAUUACGCCCGUCGUCGUGGCACCGUUUAAAGGGCCGCGUGUGCGCGCGCGCACGCACGCACGCACGCACGCACGACGCACGACGCACGACGCUCGCGCCCGCGCCGAACGCCGGAGAACGCGUCCUCGAUCCUCGAGUAUUUCCUCCUUCAUCUCUUCUUCUUCGUCUACUUCUUCUUCUUCUUCUUCUUCUUCUUUUUCUUCUUCUUCUACUACUACUACUACUACUACUACUACUACUGUAUUGUCUAUUGGCAUUGGUACGCGUUUCCUCGUCUAAUCAACGUAUUUUCAUUAAACGUAAUCGAUCGAUCUCGAAUCGAUCGAGAGUCGAUCGUUUAUUUAACAUUAUGCCGAUCGUGUGUUCGUAGCGCGAUCGUUUAAAAAAUUUUUUUGAAAUACGUUCGUGGAAAAAAGAAACUUGUUUAGUUCGACGAGUGAAAGAAAGAGAAGAGAUAACGAAGAGAAGCGUGUAAGAACGAAACAGAGAGAGACAGAGACAGAGAGUGAGAUACAAUAAAAGAAGUGCAAGGUCUCGGUGAAGUAGGAAGAGAAGAACGGAACGAAGCGCGCAGUGGUGGUGUUCGUGAGUCGGGGGGGCAGUGGUGGGAAGGGGGAGAAGUAGGGAGGUGGUGGUGCGUCAAACGGAAGGCGGAAGGGUGGCCGAGGUUCGCGCGAAGACUCGAAUAAGUUGAGCGCAUUGAGUCGAACGUGAAAGAGAGAUAGAGAUAGAUAGAGGACAUAGAGAUAGAUAAAGAUAGACGGACAGACAGAGACAGGAAGAGAAAGAAACAGGUAGUGCGUUUUGUGAGUGUGAUAUCAUAAGAGAAAGAUAUAAUAUACAUAUAUAUCUAUAGUAAGAGAAUUAAGAAAGGAAAAUAAUAAAAAGGAAGAAAAGAAAGGAAUAAAAAACAAAUCAAGUUUUGUUCGUUCCCGUGUCGUCCGGCAGAGUGGAGAGAAAAAAGCUUCGAGCACGAAUAAUGUCGACGGGCAAGAGACUGGCGAAGCGCAGUAUAAUAGGUACGAGGGUGUGCGCGCCCGGCGAGGACGGUAAAUAUUAUAGCGGUGUAAUACACGCCGUAAAGACGCCGGCGUCGUCGGCGUCCGAGUCUGGUUUGAGUAUAACACCUAAGACACGGUACUCCGUAAGAUUUGACACGGUGCCCGGUGGCAGACCACCGAGUCCAAGUACCGAAUAUUCCGACCGUGACCUCAUAGGACCCGGAUUUGGUUCCGUCACAGGCGCACGCCUCGUACCAGGUCAGAAGGUUUACCUAACCUACAACGGUAGGGAGAUACAAGCGGAGGUCACUCAGCAUCGUGAACAUCUUGACGAAGUUGACGUCGUCAUUGCACCGAACGGACAGGAGGGUACGAUGAGCCUGACAAAACGCAUAGAAGAAGUCAGAUUACUUGAGUCACGCAAGAGUGCUCGGUUAGCUGAUCAGGACACUGAUUUUGCUAGGCUCGCAGAUAUGGCCGGCGAUCGAAAACGUGCCUCGUCUCACUCCAUCGACGUACCGCACGUGAUCGGGUCUAGAAAACGGCGGCCAAGCUCGAGCAAUGAUUCCGAGCGAUCUUACAGUGGAUGGAGCGAAAGGAUACCUCACGGCUGCGGUCGUGAGGGUUGUCGCACCAACGAACGCGGUGAUUGCAUGGACGAAUGCACCGCCGCAUUGGUUCUCAUGUCGCUUUCAUGCUCGCCCCAUAGUCCUCACAACCCCCUGCCACUUCACUGCCAACACAAUUACGGUUCCUGGGGUAGUCGAGGAGG